GCCCCCGCGGGCCUGCGCCUGCGUGCAGGUCGGGGCGGCGGGUCGCGCUGAUGCUGUACCUGGGGACCUCCCGUCCCUGCUCCGGGCGGGAGAGUUAGAUAGCCACUCAAGAAAACAUCAUGAAAGAUACUGAUAUCAAGAGACUACUGUAUACUCAUCUUUUAUGCAUAUUUUCAAUUAUCCUAAGCAUCUUCAUUCCAUCAUUCUUCUUGGAGAACUUCUCAAUAUUGGAAACACACUUGACUUGGUUGGGCUUCUGUUCAGUUUUUGUAACUGCCGUGAAUCUAGUAUUAUACUUAGUUGUGAAACCAAAUGUGUCCUCUAAAAGAAGUUCAUUGUCACACAAGAUAACCAGACUCUUGAAGUGCUGUGUCUACUUUCUUAUAUCUUGUUGCUUCUUUCAUAUUAUUUUUGUUCUAUAUGGAGCACCACUAAUAGAGUUGGUGUUGGAAACAUUUUUAUUUGCAGUUACAUUGUCUACGUUUACCACUAUUCCUUGUCUGUGUUUGUUAGGCCCAAACAUCAAAGCAUGGCUAAGAGUUUUCAGCAGAAAUGGAGUGACCUCCAUUUGGGAGAACAGUCUCCAGAUCACUACAGUUUCUAGUCUCCUGGGCAGCUGGCUGGGUGCGUUUCCUAUUCCACUCGACUGGGAGAAACCAUGGCAGGUGUGGCCCAUUUCCUGUACACUGGGAGCGACCUUUGGCUACGUGGCUGGCCUUGUCAUCGCACCACUCUGGAUAUACUGGAAUAGGAAGCAUCUUACAUACAAGAACAAUUAAUCUGUUGGUCUCAGGCAGGCAGUCCCAUUUACAGCACUGCUGUUUUCUGUUUGUUUGUUUAUGUAGUUACACUAUGAUGUGAUUGUAGCUUUUUAAACUAUGAAACCCUGAGAGAUUGUACCUUCUAGCUGAAAUAAAAUAUUUAUAAUAGAUUGUG